GAAUCAAAAUGCGCUCAGGUCUUGGACUCCUUUCCAACGUGGGCUGUGGAGUUAAACUUGUGGUGGAACGGGGGACGCCAGAUCUUAUCCACACCACACAGCGGCCAGAUACCUGAUCGUGCUUGGAUGGAGGGGCGAAAUCCGAUCGCCUGAUGUGCUGCCUGAAACCCAGAGGAGUGACUUAUCAGGACGCGCUCAAAAUGUCUUCUUCCUCAAGUGCCGAUGAGAACAAGAGGGAGAAUCGUGGGAGUGUCAAGCUGUCAGUGCUGGACCCCGCGGAGUUGCCGAUGGAGAAUGCAGAACUUUUGGACUGCUCACCGGCUUCCCUGGCCUUCUCCCCCGAGCAGGUCGCAUGCGUCUGCGAAGCGCUGCUGCAGGGCGGGAACGUGGAGCGCCUGGCCAGGUUCCUCUGGUCACUGCCGCAGAGUGACCUGCUGCGGGGCAACGAGAGCAUCCUUAAAGCGCAAGCGAUAGUCGCCUUCCACCAGGCCCGCUACCAAGAGCUCUACUGCAUUCUGGAGAACCACAGUUUCAGUCCGCCAAACCACUCGUCUCUGCAGGAUAUGUGGUACAAGGCGCGCUAUAUCGAAGCGGAGAAGGCGCGGGGUAGACCGCUGGGUGCCGUGGACAAGUAUCGCUUACGCAGGAAAUAUCCGCUGCCUCGGACUAUCUGGGACGGAGAGGAGACCGUGUAUUGUUUCAAAGAGAGGUCUAGGAACGCGCUGAAGGACAUGUACAAGCGGAACCGGUACCCAUCUCCAGCCGAGAAACGAAAUCUGGCCAAAAUGACAGGACUUUCUCUGACGCAGGUCAGCAACUGGUUCAAAAACAGGAGGCAGAGAGACAGAAAUCCAUCCGAGGCUCAGUCAAAAAGUGAGUCAGAUGGCAAUCAUAGUACAGAAGAUGAGUGCAGUAAAGGCCAGGAGGACUUGUCACCACGUCCCCUCUCUAGCGGCUCUUCUAGCUCAGUCGCACACGGAACAGCCCCCCCUACAGUUUACUUGGAUGGAGGAACCACAGUCAUCCAACAAAUUGGAGAUGUCAAAAUGCCUUCACACCUAGCUGGAGGAAUGAGUUUUAACGGUGAUCUAGCAAGUGUGAAUGCUCACUACAUCAACGGUGGAGCCUACGUUCAGUCACACAGUAGCAAUGCUCUCCUGAAUGGACUCGGCGCCACGAGUGGCCAUUUCUUGACCUUUGAUCCCCAGAGGGUCUCCCAUCACGGUCAGGAGAGGCUGUUAGGUGGGUCUUCUGUGUCUUAUGCUCCGUUCUCAAUGGGGGUUUCUGAAACUGGCUCUGGAAAGCUGGAGGCCAUGCAGACUCUGGUUUCCAAUGCUGAAGAUGGAGUCAUUUCUUCAGUAGUCUCCUUCGCUUCGGCCCCCUCCACUCCAUCCACUACCUCAGGAGGACUUCAUCUCAGCAGUUACAGUGUGGUCAAUCUCCCUGGAAAUGAAACCACCAUGGGGCUUCCUCCUUUAAUGCUGCCCCCAUCCACAACAUCAUCCACUCACGGCUCUGCUCCUUUGGGGAACGUGGUCAGUGACUCUCCUCAGCACUUGAGCCAAACCCUUCUUUACACCCAAACUGUGAAGCAGGAGCCUUUGGAUGUGUCUGGAAGCUACACUUAUCCUUCUGAAAUGUCACUGGACCAAGGCAGCAACCUGGGCUACACAGCCUCCCUUUUCCUUUCUUCUUCCUCUACCAGUGGUUCACUUCCCCCUACCGUCACAGCUACGGUCACCUCUGCCCUCUCGGGCACCGGGGUACACCACACUCUGAAUCAAGCUGGACGUGGCAUCCAAGAGGACAGUGUAGCCCUGUCUUCGGACUACAGGUCUCAAGAUGUUCAGCUGCCCAACAGCCUGCAAGUUGUGUCUAGGGCAGGAGAAUGCCCAGUCAGGGUUGUUUGUGGAGAUCUGGACAUGGAAGGGAAAGAGCUGGCCAAGCUGCAGACUGUACAGAUGGAUGAUGACGGAAGUGACCUAUGAUGAUAUCAUUAGCAACAAAGAGCUGCCUUUCACUGGUUUUGUUGCACCACAUUGUGCCCUUACGGACCCUGUAAGCACAAAUCAUUUUCAAAUGAACCCUGAUGAUGGAUAUAAAAUGCGAACAGUGCCUUCCUGUCCUCAGAUAUCCCAACUUGCACUAAGAGGGCUGCAGAAUGAACCAGGCAAUGCACUGACUUUCUGAAGAUUAUUUACAUGCACUGUCUUUACUCUCACCAAAUGUACGAAAAGACCAGUUAAAAAGCACAAAUGUGCUCUGAAUCAAAAAAUGCAGCUUUAUAGUGAUUAUUUUCUUUUAACAAGAUUUUAUUGAAGCACAGAUGCGAUUUUUUGUUGUUGUUGUUUAUGGUCUUUUGUAUUUAAAUUCUUUGAGUGUGACAACGCAAAUUUGAUAAUGGUUAUUUUGUUAUGUUGGACUUUUAUGUUAAAGAAUUUUUGAUUCAAACUCUUUCUACGCAUCCCAAUGUGGACUUUUAAGUAUAUAAUCUAGACCAUUAGUGCAACUGGUCACAUGUGCCUUCAUUAUAAACUGUUAAUAUACUAAGAAGCUAGGCUAGAAAACAAGCCAUUUGUUUGCAAGAAUUCAUCAAGAAUAACUGAAGUACGAGUGUUUGUUUUUGUUUAUUUGUGUGACAACUGUUUUACAAUGAUUUGGACAUGUUUUUCAUUUCCUUUAGCAUUAGAAAAUGCCUGGCGCUGAAUUCUGUGAGCUUUGUGGGGCAAGAUAAAUAUUCAUAAGGUGUGGUCACAUUUACAGUAGUUCGGCAAAUUUUCAUGAGCGAAUUACAGUAAGAAUUUCAAUUCGAAUUGGGAAUUUUGCAUGAGGGAGAAAGAUUCCUCGCACCGAUUUCGCAACAGGUUCAAGUUAGUCAUUCAAAUUUGUUUACCUAAUGCAAGCUGCUUGGUUUGAAAGUGACUUCUGUGUGAGCUGCAGAUAAUAUACAAAUUUGCAUCUUUUCAGCCAUGAAAUUCUGCUAAUGUGACCGCACCUUUACACCAAACAUGAGCUCUGUACAUACUGCAAGAACCACAAGAAACCGUAAAACGUCAGUCCUGCUUGAAAGAAACCUAUUUUUCUAAACCCUUCCACCCUAUUAAAUAUUUAUAUUUGUACAUAUAUAA